UUUUGUGGACAUUUUUUUUUUUUACAGAAAUCUUUAGCUGGAUAAUUCUUUUGUUCAUCAGAAAACUUUGUGACUUCAAUACUUCAGUGAGAAACAUGGCCAGAGAAAGAAAAAUAUUAAAGCAGAUUUUAGGUCUUGCAGCGGCUAUCCUGCUUACCAAUUUGUUUGAGGUGGAGACAAAUAAACUCCAAGAAACCAACAUGGAUUUACAGUUUAGCUACAUAGAUGAACCACGGCAUCACAUGAGACAAAGACGAGCAGUUUACACAGACUUUGUGGCUGAAAUUGAGAUAAAUGCAUCAGACAUCUCUGUGAUCAAUAAGCUGAAGUUUUAUCUGAAUGAGCUUAUUCAAAAUAAUUUUUUGAUUGCCAACGUGACAUUAGUUGAUUUAAAUUUCACCACAGUUUGCAACAUGUUACCAGGCACCACUGAUUACCAGUGUAAUUGUGAGAAUCAGUAUUUCUGGCCUUGUGACAAAUGUACAGAAUAUGGGAGAUGUAAUAACAGCAUCACUAACAACACAUGCAGCUGCAUCAAUGCUUAUCCAAAUAAUGGACAGUUCUGUCGGCCAAUCAGCGAGAUGACAAAUGUCACAACAUGUCAGCAAACAGCUACAUCCAAACCUGUGACUACAGCCAAAACAGCAUCUACAGCCAAAACAGCAACUACAGUCAAAACCCCAGCUACGGUCACACCAGCACAACCACCAACAACAACACUAACAGUUAUAAAAAUGUCUAUGAGGAUAAAUAUAAUUUUUGAAACCAGUCUCACCAUCGAAACUGAUCCAAAGUACAGGUCCUAUGUAGCUAACAUUACAUCUGCAAUUGAAAAUAGUUACAAGAAUCUGCCUAACUACAUUAAAGGUUCAGUAAAUGUCAUUGGCUUCAGGUCUGGUAGCAUUAUAACAGACUACACAAUUACUGCAAACAGCACCAAUCUAAAUGUUACAGACGCAAACACACAAGUUUCAAAAACUCUCUCAGGUCAAGGAAUCCCUUUAUCUCAGGAUGCUUUUGCUAAUAGUGUGGAAACAAAUCUGACAACCAAAAAUAAAUAUUAUCCUCAGCAAAAUGUGGAACUAAAGUGUACACUUCCAAAUUCUGUUACGGGUACAAUGAAAUGGAGUGUGAAUGGCAAAGAUCUUGCAGGAAACAGUUCAAAAUACACCAUUUCAAAUGACAAUAGCACUCUCAUUGUGAACAACGCAAGUGAAAGUGACAGUGGUAGAUACUCGUGUAUCAUACAAAGCUCGCCAUUACCUUACAUUCAGUGGCAAACAGUAUCUAUUGAACCACGUCCUAAUAUUAUAGUGGAUAAAACUGAUAUAAAGCUUCAGUGUCAAAACCAGACUGUCCCGCUGACAUGCUGUGCCGAUGGUUACUCAGUUCAGUGGUUUGGGAUUCCUGCUGUUGAUGUUGUGACAAAUUCAGGACCUGGCUGCAUCACAUUACAACAUAAAAUCUUUAGCACAAAUUGUGGACCUAAAAAAAACUUCACUUGCCGACUAAACAUGACAGAAUUACAAACAUUUGAUUAUAGCAACAGGACAGUCCAAGUUCAGACAGUCAGUGAGUAUAACUGUAUAAAUGACACACUUGGAGUUGGAAAAAUAAGUGACCGUGUAACAGGAUUGUGUGAAAAAGGCCUGGAAGGCCUCAUAACUUAUGAAUGUAAACAGACAACAGAUCUCAAAUAUAACUGGACAGAAGUACAGAGAGAUUGUGUUGUUCAACCUAUCAAAGACCUUGAGAGGAGAUCUAAGGUAUAUCAAUCAAAUUGA